GGCCCCGGCCGGGAGCGGGCGGGAGCCUCCCCUGCCCCUCGCCCGACCCGCCGGCCCCCCGGCCGCAGCUUCUCCCCGUGCCCUCCUUCCGCCUCCAUGGACGCGGGAGUCCCCGCCCUCUCCGCCCUCUCGCUUCCCUCCUCGGGCCGUCGGCCUCGGCUAGCCCAGCAAUUUAAAUCCCUUGCCCACCGCCGCCACGCGCCCUGAAAACCUCCGCCUCGGUCCCUCCCGUCCUUCUUCCUGCAAACCAAACCCUCGUUUGCUUUAGAGGGGAAUCGCCCAUGCAGAGCCCGUAGUUAGAGACAGCACCUCCUGGGGCAAGUGUGUCGCCAUUCAUUCACUCAAGUAGCAUUUAUUAAGCACCUGCUGAGUGCCAGGCUCUGCUUCGCACAGGGAACACCAAAACGACUGGGCACUGUCCCUCCCACUUAGGACACAACGUAGGAUGGAAGAUAGAUUUGUAAACAAAUAUAUGUAUGAAUGUAAUUAGCGCUGCAAUGGUUAUAUGUACCAAAUGUGGGAGACUUAAAAGCGUGUGUCUUGGGGAGAGUCAGGAACGACUUUAUAGAGAAAUGUGCAAACGAGAUCUGACUGAUGAGUGGGAGUGUGCCUGGCAGGUGGAAAAAAGUCUAUAGUUCUAGGUGGAGUAUAUUGCCUGAGCAUAAGUACCAACGUGCGAGGCAGCAUUUAGGGCACAGGAAUCUGUGGGACCCACCCGAGAGCCUGGUAGAGUGCGAGCCGCCACAGAGACGAAAACGAAGGGCCCUGCUUACUGAUGGUAACGAUCGCAUGGUCUGGUGGGGAGACCAAGGCAUACACAGGAUUUGGAAUGCCCUGACAGAUAAUUAUGGGAAUGUGAUGCCUGUAGACUGGAAGUCGUCGCAUACUAGAACCUUGCACUUGCUUACUCUGAACCUUUCAGAACAAGGGGUAAGUGACAGUUUGCUCUUUGAUACAUCAGAUGAUGAAGAGCUGAGAGAACAGCUGGAUAUGCACUCAAUCAUCGUCUCCUGUGUUAAUGAUGAACCCCUCUUCACGGCAGACCAGGUUAUUGAAGAAAUUGAAGAAAUGAUGCAGGAAUCACCGGACCCAGAAGACGAUGAAACCCCUACACAGUCAGAUCGGCUUUCAAUGCUUUCCCAGGAAAUUCAAACUCUUAAGAGGUCUAGUACCAGCAGUUAUGAAGAGAGAGUGAAAAGGCUCUCAGUGUCUGAGUUAAAUGAAAUCCUGGAAGAAAUUGAGACUGCCAUUAAGGAGUACUCUGAGGAGCUGGUGCAGCAGUUGGCUUUACGAGAUGAACUGGAGUUUGAAAAGGAAGUGAAAAACAGCUUUAUUUCUGUUCUUAUUGAAGUGCAAAACAAACAGAAAGAGCACAAAGAAACAGCAAAAAAGAAAAAGAAACUAAAAAAUGGCAGCUCUCAGAAUGGGAAGAAUGAGAGAAGUCAUAUGCCCGGCACACGCUUCAGCAUGGAAGGGAUCUCAAAUGUCAUUCAGAAUGGCCUCCGCCACACCUUUGGAAAUUCAGGUGGAGAGAAACAGUAUUUGACUACAGUCAUUCCUUAUGAGAAAAAAAACGGACCACCAUCUGUUGAAGAUCUUCAAAUAUUAACAAAAAUUCUUCGUGCCAUGAAGGAGGACAGUGAAAAAGUUCCGAGCUUGUUAACUGAUUAUAUUCUGAAAGAGCCCAUCGCUACAAUAUGUGAGCAGAUGAAACCCUGAUUAGUCCCAGAAUGCUACGAAGGGGAAGAGGACGUUUAUUAGAGUAUGCUGAACUGCUGUGGAAUGACGGAAGUCCUGCUCUUUUUCUGGGGCUGUGAGACAUUUCAAAAACAGCCAUGCAGCCCCCUCCCAUAGACGACAUGAAUGAAGGAAGAGUCUAUAUGGGACCUGCUACAGGAGGCUUUCACAAUUCCACUUUAACACCGGUGAGCAAACAAACAGGGCUAUACAUACUCCUCACUCCACUCAGCAACGGAGACACCAUGACUGCAAAGGCAGGGGCUCGGUUUGAAGUUUAAUGCCUGCUUGGCAUUUCAGCUGUCGUCUCUAGGGGUAUGAGAAACUCAAGAUGGUUGCCUUGUUUUAUUAAUGUUCUUAUGUGGAACUUACUGGCCCUUUCCCCAGAUACGUGUACUUACACAGUAAUAUUAAUAAUUUAAAUUAAUUUGAUGUGAAUUUGUAAAAAUGAUGCCUUGUACUGAAGAAAUGUAGCUUUAAAGGGUAUAUGAUAGAGUAGAAAGUCCUUAGGGGAUAUAUUUUUUUAAAGGAGACUCAACAUUGUUCUGUUUACAGCUCAUUCUUAAAUUGAUGAUUCUAAAAUGUAUGAAAAUAUACCUAUUUUUUCCUGUCAGCUCAAAGUCUCUUUGCAGUUAGGCUUCCCCUGAUUUUGCUUGGUAAAGUCUUUCUUCUUCAGCAUUGAACCACUGUAGGGUUUCCCACCACAAUCCUCCUGUGCAUAGCAAGUUAAUUUUGAUACUAGUUAUGAGCACGUUUCAGACAGCAGGUAGGUUUCUUGUCUCCCUAAAAACAGCACCGCUAUACUGCGUACUCUGGGAGACACUUUUCUUUUUGCAAGGCUACCUUGGGAAAGACCCGCCUAAGGACAAAGGCACGGGGACUUCUUGUGACACCAGAGGUUCACUGGACUGAUAACCUUAAAAGGACAAUUAUUUGUCUUUUGGAUCCCAGAGAUGGAAUCUUUUUGCAAGUUACACUGUGUGAUUUCAACUCAAAAUGUUUAUUUCCUGCCAAGAAUCAAGUUGCAGAUAAUUCUCUUAUAGCUUUGUUUUUUGAAGAAAACAAAAACAAACUGUAGAACUAUGGUGCACUCCAAGUGCCAUAUAUCUAUUUUAUUCUUCAGGAAAUUAUAUUUGUUUUUCUUUUACAAGAGCACAACAGGAACCAAAGUAAAAGAGUAAUAGAUACAGCACUCAGGAUAAAUCAUAUCUUUAAAAUAAUAAUAAAAAAAUUUACACCUUGUCCUA